AUGUUUCUGAAGGCAAACUCGGAGAACAUCCGUUUCGUUCGAACUUCGACGGGUGGGGAAACCUCCCAAAAUCACUCGAGGCCGACGAGAGAAAAUAAUGGCAGUUUAUUGGGUGAUAGAGAAUCUGCAAACCCAUUCAUAUUGUUGAAUGGGAGCACAGCUAGAAAACGCGACUUAAGUGAUACUUCUAGCUUUGAUCCUGCAAUUGACGAAGCGGCUCUAAAAAGACCAGCGAGGAGAAACCCAAACCUUUACCUAAUUUUCCACAUCAAAAAGCGCAUACAUCAGAAAAACUUCUCCAUCAAAGACACCAAGCACGGCUUAAUAAAUCGAGUCAUACAUACUCAGUACGCCGAAGAAAAGGAAAGCGUGCUUCCAGAAGCGUGA